CUGAAAUCUCUUUGUUAUUUAUAUUAGUUAAGAGCUUGUGUAAUGGACUCAUAUCUGUGUCAGUCUAUUUGAUUGAUAUUUGUGUGACAUACAAAAUUUCUGACUUUAUUAUGUUAAAGACCAUGGCAAGUGUUGCUCCCCAACAAUGCCAGCCAAACAUCGGUCUUGUUAUGACCAAUGAUGUUUCAAAUACAAACCCUGAAGAAGUAGUUCCUUGCAUAGCACUUUCAAAGAACGAUUCUUAUGUGAUGUCUGCUUGUGGAGGAAAGGUCUCUUUGCUCAAUAUGAUGACUUUCAAGGUGAUGACAACUUCCAUGCCGCCAUUCCCUACUUCAAAUUAUUUAGCCUUCCAUUUACUGGACAAUAAAGGAUUCUACAAUCCUCCAUUCCAAUAGUGAUAACUGGCUUAGCUUUCGAAAAUAUUCUUAAUAUUGUAGUAUCUUUAGGUGCUGAUGCUUAGGUAUGAAGCAAGUUACUUUGUUAUCGUUUCUUUCUAUAGUAUUUACCUUAGAAAUUUAGCUGUUGUACCCCACAGUUUUCAUUAGUAACAUGCAUGUUUUAUGUCAGAAAUCUGUGCUCAUAUCCAAGAAGUAUUUUAUAUUGUAAUUUUUUACAAUAGUCAUGCACUUAUUGUUGUGAUUGCAGCAAUGUAUUUGGAACACUAAUUCCUGGGAGAAAAAGAAAUCCAAUGCAAUUCAAUUGCCCAUUGGAAAGGCUACUAUUGGUGAUACUAGAGUUCAGUAUCUGAGGUGCCUAACUUUGCCAUGCCCCUCUUUGCCAAAUGAGAAAGCGUGUGUUUUUAGAGGAGAUAUCAUUGUAGAAAAGUUUUAGCCCCCGUGGCCUUAUGUGCUUGAUAUUUUGUAUAUAUUUUGUUGUUAUGAUGAGAGACUAGUAAUGUGUGUGUGCGCAUAUGUUUGUGUGUUUGCUUAUAA